UGUGGCCAGCCCAGGGCCGGGCUGCCCACCGUGCCAGCCCAGUUUCAAUGACCCACCUGAGGGUUUCCAUCGUGGGCCAGGGGACCGGCGUAGGCGGGCAUCCGGAGCCAGGCAGUGGCCAGCCCAUUCCGGGCAGGGUCAUAGGUGGGGCUGCAGGCCUCGAAGCCGCCAUGUGAAGGCAGCAGCGACCCCAGGCAGGGCGGGCCAGGUUGACCUUGCACCUGCUCUCCCCUUGGCCCUGCGGCCAUGCCGACCCUGGUCGUGGGCACGCCGCCCACCUGCCUGGGGGACACACCUCAGCCCCGCCACAAGAACAGCCAGAGGCAGGGCCCCUUCUCCCAUGGGGCCCCAGGGAGAGCAGCCGACUGGGAGGCUGUUGCCAAGCCCAGGCUCCGCGCACCUGCAGCCGAGGAUGACGUAGCAGCCCUGAGGUGGCCCGGGCCCUCCCAGCAGCCAGACCCACCCUGGGCAGCUCCCCACGUGGUCGGGCCCGACGACUUCGAGGAGCCAGGCCCCUGGGGGAAGGCCUGCAGCCUGCCCAUGUGGUCCACAGGCCCAGAGGCCAGGGAUGGGGACAGCUCAGUGUCAUCGGGCCGCCUCUCGUGCUCUUCGGGGGGCCACGAAGUGUGUGUGUCCUGGAAGGAGAGGCCGCCCCAGGUGUUGGGGCCCCAGCGGAGGCCCAGAAAGAGUGACCCAUGGCUGGAGCAGCUGAGAGACAAGAUCCGGGCCCAGGUGUGGCAGCAGGGGAGCUGUGCGUCCCUGGGCACCUCAGCCCCCUCCAGCGCCUCCAGACUCCACGAAGCCUCCACGCUGGGGCUUAGGAGGAAAACCCAAGAGGCAAAAAAUCCCCCUCCAGCCCCUCAAUGCUCAGGUUUCAGCAUCUUGAGUGCAGCUGAGCGCAAAGUUGAAGCCAAGGCAUCCCGUGGCCAGGGGCGCGAGCUCUCCAGGGUCUCCCAGCACCAGGUUCCUGUUCUAAGGGAAAAACCCAAAAGGGUCAAAAGCAGUUCUUGCAAAAGAGAGAAGACCCCCAAGUCGCCCUCCCCUAGAAGAGCGGCCAAAGACAAACACAAAGACGAAGAUUCGGAGCUGGUUGGUGUUUACGCCUGGAGAAAGGGACAAGCUCUGGUGAGGUCCCUGCUUGGGCCCCCUCCCGUCCUCCGCAGGCACCAUAGCAAGGAUCCCUCGAGAGACCCGGCUCUCACCGUGGACUUAGGAGACAGCGAGAAAGUCAUAGCUGCCAAGUGCUCACCGGUUUGUGCCCAGUUGCCCGAUGCCACCUCCGCCCACAGUGACCAGCAGGUGUCUGGGAACACACCCAGCCUGGCUUCCUUCGACCAGCCAGCGACCAUACAGACGGCCAUGGCCAUCCUACAAGACCUGCACCAGCAAAUCCAGGCUGGGCUGGAGCUGGCCCAGGCCCGCAAGGGAGGGCAAGAGCUCGGGCCAUCAAGGCGGAGGCUGCAGGACGUGGCAGGGAGGGGCCGCUGCAGGGACCCCAAUGCCCAGAGCUCCUUCUCUAAGAGUCCCUGGGCCAAGACAGAGAGGAAGCAUUCCUCUUUAGAGAGGGCUAGGAGUUUCCACACCUGGGAGCCCUGGAGCUCCUCCACUGCACGGGAGUCCUGUCCGCAGAGGGCCUGGGGGGCCCAAGGACAGGACCGCUCCUUCCAGAGGCCGGACAGUCCCCAUGAGGGGUUGGGCCACUUCUCCCAGCGGCCCUGGAGUGCACUGGCUGGGCAGGCCUGCAGUCCGCAGAGGGCCUCGGGGGCCCAAAGACAGGGCCUCUCCUCCCAGAGGCCUGGGAGCCCCCCUGAAAAGCGGAGCCCCUUCCCCCAGCAGCCCUGGAGUGCUGUAGCCACACAGCCCUGUCCACGGAGGGCCUGGACUGCCUGUGAAAACUGGGAGGACCCUGGCCCCAGACUGUGGAACCCUCUGGAAAGGCCCAGUCCUCCAGCCCAGCGGCCCUGGAGCAGCUCCGGCGUGCAGAGGGCCGGUCCCCAGGGCAAGGGCAGAGGCAUCGGCCCCCCCGUCUCGGCUGCCAAGCAUGCCCUGCCAAGGCCCACCGGGAGCUUCCCUCAGAACCCACUUGGGAAGGAGAAGGACACGCUGCGGCCCUGCCCCAGGUCCCGGGGGCUCCUGGGACCCUCGCACAGCUCCGAGUCCUUGCGGGAGUUCAUGCGUCAGAAGGCGCAGGCCUGGCGGCAGCAGGCCCUGGAGGAGAAGGCCUCGGCCCUGCGCGCACGGGAGCUGAGGAGCCGGAGGCUGCAGGAGGUCUACCGGCAGCAGAGGGAGGCCGUCCUCGGCAGGGCGGUCCCCGUGGUCUCCCGGACCACCCCUGGCAUCGUGACCUUUGUCUCCAGUUCUGCACAGUCCGGGGGCCUGGAAGCCUCCGGGAGCCUGGAGUCCCCAGUGCUGGAAUGGAGCAAAGUGACCUCUGGCAUGGUGCUGGGGGGCCAGGAAGCCUCAGGCAGCUUCUGCCUGUGUUUGAACAGAGCCUGGAACCAUGCUGGGACCCUAGAGCCCCCAGGGAUGGGGGGCCCCCAAGAUGGCCGGGAUGCCCCCGUGCUGCUGUCAGCUUCACCAUCUCUGGGAUCCCUGGAGCUCCAGGACCUGACCACCCGCUACCUACCCCGGGGGCUGUGCAUCUACCUGGACCCGAAGGAGGCUGAGCACCUGGGCACUUCCAGCUCCCUGCACCUCCGGCAUAAGCAGGCGCGGCUGCAGGCGCUAGAGACCACAGCCAAAGUCCUCAAGCAGCGGGUCGACAGCCUCACCGCCAAGCUGCAGGGUGCCAAAGCGCCGGACACCGUCAGGGACCCAGCUGUGGGCCUGCUGCGCUCGUGCCCCCACAGCCUACCUGCCGCCCCCACGCUCGCCACCCCCACGCUUGCCGCCCCAGCCUGCCCUGGAGCCUUGGGGCCCAACUGGGGCAGAGGGGCACCUGGGGAGUGGGUGAGCAUGCAGCCCCAGCCCCUUCUGCCCCCGACCUACUUCCUGGAUGGCGAGACACUGUUGUGGGGCCCCAGCUGGGAGCAACAGCAGAGUGUGAGCCCGAGGGCCCGCUGCGAGAGCAAGCCCCGAGGUUUUCCAGAGGAGGGACACGUGGACGUGAAACCGGACAAAAGGCUGCAGAGAGGCGUGGCCCCCUUCCAGGCCCUCAGCCCCUCUGCGGGGAGCUCAUAUGCGGGCCCAGCCACGCUGCACCCUAUCUGGGGCUCCCUGGGACUGGAGGAGACGCCGUCGGUCGGAGGGGCAGAUUCUGUGGCACCCUGCACCCCCCGGAGCUGCGGUAAGGGCGACCCUGCGGACAGGCCCUGGGCUGGCUGGUCGGGUGGCCGGGACAUCCACCGAGAACCCCUUCCACUGCCUAGCACUCGAGCUUGGCCCUACGGGGUAGAGAAAUCCUUUUCCACGUGGAGAGCAUCCAUGCCCCGUUAUUAAAGGUUUUGGAGGCUUU